UACGUACAACCUAUUGAGUUAAAUUCAUUUUUAUAUUAAUAAUAUAUUAAUGAACUGCAGUAGAAAUGCACUACACAACUGAUUUGAGCGUUUUUGAAAAGUAUACUAUAACUGGUUGAAACAUGGCCGACAGUGUCGAAGACUGUCUCUACUCGAGGAACUCUAGAAGCCUAGACUCUAGACGUCGCUAAACACCUGUUGUAAAUGUCACAUUAAUGCGCCGAUGCGUGGAGAGAAGGAGUCUCUUCAUCGUGCCUGUAUAUUCCAAAGAAAAAAAGAGAUUUUCAGUUGUAGAGAUGUGCAUUUUGUUUCUACAAAAUGGGAAUUGAAUUGUGAAACGAAGGGAUCUAAGGUGUUGGAAAAGAAGCAACGUCAUGCCACUCUACAAUACAGGGUCGAAAAUCCAAGAAAAGGGAAAUCAAAGGCGAAUAUUCUAGAUUUGUUAAAGCUGCUGUAGCGUUGUUACUGAAAUCUGACCACAGUUGGAGUAAGACUCGGCAGUAUUCCAGACAAGUUAGUCGCCACACCAGUUGUCACUUGUGCUUGCUCAUCACGUCCUCUCCUGCGCAAUGUUAUUCGUAGAAAUUCAUUGUGCCAAGUUAAAAAUACUCCUCGAGCGACAGUUUCAACUGGAAACGUGAUAACGAGACUGCCUACCUCCUAAAAUCUCUCAGUUGCAACGAACGCACGGCGCGAUGGAGGACCCGACGAAAUGCGAAGAUAGCGAACUCGGCAAUGCAACUGCUGCGUGUUCUCAAGCGAAUCCAACGUGCCCCGAUACGAAGUCUUUGGUAGAUGGUAAGAAUACGCAGGUCCGUGUCGUCCGUGGCACUAAAAAGUUGAAGACUGACAAUGACGUUGGCAACGUCGAGAAAAAGGAUGCGAAAGAGGAGGAGGCGGCAGAAGUUAAAGUAAAAUCUCUCAAGCGCUCCUGCGAAUUGUGGUCUAUGGAGGAUAAAAAUACCUUUUUCAAGGCUCUCAACGAAUACGGCAAAGAUUUUGACGCGCUGCAAAGCUACUUUCUAAGUCAGGGCAAGAAGCGGAAUCUCUCGGACAUCAUGAUAAAAAAUAAGGAGCAGAUUCGGCACUUUUAUUACAGAACAUGGCUCAAGAUAUCGAAACAUCUGAAAUUUUCAGAAGAUGUGAAAAAGACGUCCCAGGAAUUGUAUGGACUAAUAAAUUAUGGUGAACUUAGAAGGAAAUUACCUCGUAUUCACGAGAAAGUUCCCUUAAGAUUGAACGAACUGGUAUAUUGGGGCUCUACGCAGGUCAGACUUAGAGGGAAAACUAUGAGAAUCAAAACGCCAAUAUGUAGAGCGCUUAGGAAGUUAAAUCAGCUGGAAGAUUGGCAGGAAGAAAUUAAAUUACCGUCUAGAAUAACGAUAGAACUGCGACCGCGUAACAAUAUGGCAUGGUGGCAGGUACAAGCGGCAUCCAUGAAUCCAAGAGUUCGUACAUUGCUCCCCAUACAGAGACGCCUCUCAAGUUUAUUAAUAUUUUUACAACAGCGAUGGCGACUCGCAAAAUAUACUACGUGUUCCACUGUGGAGAAUCUUGUUGCUAACGAUGUAAAGGAUGUUUGUUUGUUACGAGUCGCUCCACCAGAAGGCUGUAAAAUUGCUUUACCAAUGGUUAAUCUCGGAGAAUACCUCACUAGCAACAGCGUCAGCUUGAACUCGUACGAAAAGCGUCUUGGUCUGAAGAGCUCAAGAGAAGACUUGUUGGGAUCUGUCCAAUAUCUAAAAGGAGUAGGGAAAAAAGGCAUUAAGCGAUAUAAGUCGGAUAAAAAGAUUGUCAACCGCACUGACGAAAAUUGUACACUGCCAGAUAUCAGUAGCGACGUGGAUCUCUUAGAAACAGGAAGCAGUAUAUCGGAAAAACCAGCGAUUAUAAAUAAUACAGACAAGCCGUCUACAGAGUAUCAUUUAGAACCGAAUAGAUUUCCUGGUAGAGAGACUAUCGAGAGAAUUCGAAAGGGUUGGAACGUCGAUGAGGCAAAUACGAUUACUGUGGGUGAUCUUUUUCUAAUGUUUGGUCGUGAAUCAAAGAUUAUACUUGAAUAUUGGUGGGACUGGUUACCUAAUGAACAAUAUACAACUGAUCCAGCAUCAUCGAGCAUCAUGCGUGACAACAGUUUAUGCUUAGUUCUACAAAAGUUAUUGUCACUGGCGAAACAUAAUUAUGGUACAAAUAAAGUAUACGACAACACAUCGGGAAGUAACGAGACAAUAAUCUCGUCUCGAGUCCCAUCUAUUAAGGAAUCCACAUUCAGAAGGCCUCUUAUCCCACAAACGUAUCACAAGAUUGGUACAGCUGACGCAUUUAAGACACAACUUGAUAAAUUUAAAACGCGCUUUUGUAAACGAGGUAGAACAGUGAGACAGAAAAGUCUUGUUAUACAAAGAGUAUUGCCUAUUGUAUCCGCGUCGAACAUGCCAUCGGAAAAUUUGACGACCGACGCUAGUAAGAUCGCUAGUGGCUCUUCAUUAUGUCAAAUGCAACCUGAUAAAACCGCUGUAAAUACGAACGAAGCUCAGGAGAAAACUUUCUUGGACGCUUUAGAGGCAAGCGGAGAUGCGAAGAAUUCCAAUUCAAUUAUCACUAGUGCUACCCAAAUUCUUAAAGAGGGCGAGCAUCAGUGGUUAAAUAGCGAAGUUGCAGAUUUUUCAUUGAGCAGUUUCUUAGGACAGCUUGAAUCGCCUAUGAAAGGCUCGCAGAGAAGUCAAGCGGGUGAACAGAUUAUGGAAGACACUCGUCCGUCUUCCGAUGUCGUGUCGCAUAUGCAGUGCCUCAUGGGAGAAAACAGUGUGGAUUACAUGGCGAAAUUUGCAAAUCUCGCAUCGCAAAUAGCUUCCGAUGAAAAUAAAAAAUAGGUAAAUCAUACAUUAAUAAAGAAAUUAAUUAAAGGAUUGCAUAAUUGAUAUAUGUCCAUAUUUGUGACAUUCGAAAGCUCGACCGUUCUUUACUCUUCUACAUCUUCUACAUCUUCCAUAUCUACAUCUUCACGUAAAACUCGAUAAAAUUACGCGCAUGUGUCUACGUCUGUUGCAUUGUUGCAAAAACGCAUACAAUGUAACGACAAAAAAUAGUAAUUUCAAAUUGACCUGUAUAUAUAGCAUAAUACUGUAAAUACGCAAAAGGACAGAUAAACGAAUAGUAGAACACCGCA